UCAUAUCAUCAUGUCUUCAAAAAUGUGUGUUGUUUUCCUCAUUGUUCUGCUUUCAAUCAUCACCACCAGUCCUUUAGCUCAUGCUCAACUUAUAGGAACCAUUCUUGGUGGUCUACCACCCAUUGUUCGUCCCAUUCUUGGUCCCAUUCUUGGCCAACCCGCACCACCCGUUGGUCAAUUAGUACCACCUGUUGGCCAAGUACCACCCAUUGUACCACCGAUUGUACCACCCGUUGGUGGGCAAGUACCACCCGUUGGUGUUGGUCAAUUACCCAUUGUUGGUCCCAUUCUUGGUCCCGUUGUCGGUCCCGUUCUUGGUCCCGUUGUCGGUCCGGUUCUUGGUCCCGUUCUUGGUCCCAUUCUUGGCCAACCCAUUAGACCACCCGUUGGUCAAGUACCACCCAUUGUACCACCCGUUGCCCAAGUACCACCGAUUGUACCACCCGUUGGUGGGCAAGUAGUUAAUAUAACUAUAGUGGGGAGUUUGUCUUGCUCCGUACCGGGAAGUAAUGCCCCAGGCCCCGGACUCGGUGGAGUAAAUGUGACGAUUAUUUGUGGCAACACAACCAUUGCUCAAGUGUCCACAAAUAGUCAAGGCAUUAUUAUUGCUGCAGUGACCACCACUACAAGUGUUUUGUCAGGAAAUACAUGUACUGCAAGGAUUCCUCUCCCAAUUGCUAAUUGUACUUUGACUCCCAACACAGGAGCCCUUGUAGCUCCCGUCAUCCUUGUUGGAAACUUUAUUCAGGAUUUGGCUGGUCUAACUUUCUCAGCAAUUUUCGGGAUACUUACUUCUCUAGCAACAGUCACUACUACUCCUUAAUAAAUAUUAUUAAUUCUCACCUAAAUAAGUAGUAUGACCUAUUACUAUUUACUCAUGGAGUGACUAUAUAUAAAAGGUCAUCCAUCUCUUUAUGUAUGUUAACUAUUAUCUA